AUGUAUUCAGGAAGUAUGGACUCUCAUCACCAGGAUCCAGAAGAGUUUUAUGUUAAGCAAGACCGGAUCGGGAAGGGAUCUUUUGGAGAAGUUUAUAAAGGAUAUGACAAGCGAACUCAGAAGACCGUGGCGAUCAAGAUAAUAGACUUGGAGAGUGCAGAAGAUGAAAUAGAAGAUAUACAGCAGGAAAUACAGAUUUUAUCACAGUUGGACUCUCCACAUGUAACCAAAUACCACGGAUCUUACUUGAAAGGAUCAAACCUUUGGAUCGUCAUGGAAUAUUGUUCAGGAGGUUCAUGCUCGGAUUUGAUGAAGCCCGGAGUAUUUCGAGAAGAGUACAUUGCCAUCAUCGUUCGAGAACUGCUUCGUGGACUCGAGUACCUACAUUCAGAAAAGAAACUCCAUCGGGAUAUCAAAGCUGCGAACAUUUUAUUAUCGGCAGGUGGCGAAGUCAAAUUAGCGGAUUUCGGCGUGUCAGGUCAAUUAUCUGGAACACUUUCGGCCAAAAAGAACACAUUCGUUGGAACCCCUUACUGGAUGUCACCCGAAGUCAUCAAACAGAGUGGUUAUGAUCACAAAGCAGACAUAUGGAGUUUGGGAAUAACAGCAAUCGAACUAGCAAAAGGAGAACCCCCCUAUGCAGAACUGCAUCCCAUGAAGGAAAGUAUCAUGGAUUCUUCAUGUCUGUUACAUCGGUCGUCUUCAACUUCCCAAUAG